AUGGCGAGAGGCUUGGGGGCCGCUCCCGUCUCGUCGUGCCUCGCGCUCGGGGCAGCGGCGGCGGUGCUGCUCGUGGCGGCGGCGCUGCCUUCCCCGGCAUCUGGAGUCGACGUGACGGCCGUGCUCUCGGCGUUUCCCAACUUCGCGGACUUUGCGCGUCUGCUGGCAUCCACCCCCGUGGCCAGCGAGCUGUCCGGGAGGUCGUCCCUGACGCUCCUGGCCGUGCCGAAUGCCAACCUGCCGCAGUCACCCUCGGCUUUCGUAGCUAGCGCUGGCGCCGACAUUGCCGACGUGCUGAGGUAUCACGUUCUGCUGGAGUACCUCUUCCCGUUCGACCUCGCCCGCCUCUCUCCCUCCGGGAAGCUCGUGACGACGCUGUUUCAAACCACGGGCCGCGCGCCCUCCGACUUCGGCGCCGUCAACCUCACCGUGGGGGGCAACUCCACUGUCGUGGUCCGCUCUCCGGCGCCGUCCCCGGGAUCGAAUGCCACAGUCCUCGGCGCCGUGACCGCGGUUCCAUACAAUCUCAGCGUGCUCGCGGUGGGUGGCCUUAUCAUACCUUCCGGAUUCGACCUCGCCGCCUCUGAGAGCCGCCCGCCACCGCCGGUGAACAUCACCCGGGUUCUCACCGACGCGCGGGGGUUCAACGUUGCGGCCUCCAUGUUGCAGGCCUCCGGUGUAGCGAGUGAGUUUGAGGCCGACGAGCACAGUGCUGGCAUCACCGUCUUCGUCCCCACCGACGACGCCUUUGCCGGCCUCCCCGCCACCGACCGCCUCCAGUCCCUACCCGCUGAGCGCAAGGCCGUCGUGCUCCGCUUCCAUGUGCUGCACUCUUACUACCCGCUGGGCUCCCUCGAGUCCAUCGUGAACCCCGUCCAGCCCACUCUCGCCACAGAGCACACCGAGGCUGGCCACUUCACCCUAAACAUAACCCGUGUCAAUGGCUCCAUCGCCAUUGACACAGGCAUCGUGCAGGCAUCCAUCACCCGUACAGUGUUCGACCAAAAUCCUGUGGCAGUCUUUGCCGUCUCCAAGGUUCUACUGCCCAAGGAAAUGUUCGGUCGCGGCGAUUCUGGCAACACUGCCAUGGCACCACCUUCAGUUGCGAUGGCACCCCGCGACGCCGGGAGCGAGAAGACACCACAGACAAGGCUCUCAUCCCCGCCUGACCUCCACAGCGAAGAUAGCGAGUCAUCAGCUUCCUUGCUGACAGCAAAGGGGACUUGGUGGUGUAUAGGACUCAUGUAUCUACAGCUGCAUCUAUUACUAUCUCUGGUAUGAGAUUCUGGUCGUGCUUGUUGCUUGCUUCCUUGUGCUCAGUUUUUGUACUUUUUACUCUCUAGAAUGUCUACACCAGGAAAAGGACGGAUUGGGGAGAGAAUUCCUUAGAUGCAAAGUAGCAAAAUAGUUGCUUCACCUGAUUAUUCUAUCUUUUCAUUUUGCCAUGUGGCAAAUGGAAAUAAUAUCAUGCAUACAAAUCUGUGCAGUCCUUUUGCUCCAAAAUGAAUAGUAUUUUCUAUUUUGAGCAUCCUUCUCUUUUUAUUUGUGCUUGAACUCAACUUUAGCGGUUAAAGUGGGGGCAUUUUGCAUCAGGUUAGAUUUGAAGGAGUGAAUUCGAUAGAGCCCCUGGAUUACUAGGGUGAGGGGAUAUAUCACCAUGAAAUGUACAGGUUGUUCGCUUCGGAUUAAAGCCGGCCAGCUGCAAUCCAUAAAGACAAAAACAUUGUAAAAGUAGUAGAAAUAGGUACAGAUUAAAGCCAAGCGAACACUUCUGCCCGGGCUGUGUUUUCCAUGGUCUUGUAAUGCUGUUAUGGUCUGAAUACUCAUGAUAGAAUGAAGUUACUCUACCAUGUUAGAAUUAGGUCAUUUCACUAUUUUGACUCUAGUGGCAGAACUCAGAUCUCAUGAAUGUCAAUCUGCUUGUUAGCUGAGGUCCCAACUGUAAAAGUUUUUUUAUGUGAGCUUAUUGGCAGCAGACACCUCUGCCUACCAAAGAUAUUUGUUGGUGUAAAUUUACAUACACCCGUUGAGCACUCUAGGUGGAAUGGUGGAUUCACUGAAUCUCAUCUCAAGAUCCAGCACUUUGUUAGUGUCUUGGUUAUUAGUGGUUUGAGUUAUAUAAUAGAAUGUUGUAUGACUAGCAACACAUUGUGAAAGUUGGGAAUAAAAGCUUUUUUUCUUUGUUUGGAGAUUAUAAACGUUUAGGGGUUGGUCAUAAAAUACCAUUAGGGAAAUAUAUUGUAUCACUGUAGUACCGACUACCAAUCAAAUUAUUCAAAUAGAUGUAGUACCACAUACAGAGGGAGAGAAUAUCAGGGUGAGAAAUAUUUGUUGAUAUGUCAUUUGCUACAUGUUACAACUGAUAUGCCUGGCAUUCUGUGGUGCUUCAUUGUUCAGCACGAGCAGUUGUUUCUUUGCAGGACCACUGACAAUACAUAAUAAUUCGUUUGUAGUUUUCAACUUUUCAUGGGGAGGUGGCCCAUGUUUUAGUUGAUUAGGUACUGAGCCUGUUCUGUCAUGUGCAGCUCAUGUGUACUUUGCAGGAGUCAUGACCUCAUGGGACCCAACCCUGAGAUGAGAUGUUGGGGAUGACUAUGAAUCUAUGAUGGGCUGAUGACUGACCACAUUUGACCAAUUCUUUGCAAACAUGAGUUCUCUGUUAGAACUAUAUAUUACUUAUGAUCAGGUAUAAAAAUAGAAUCCUAGAGAUAUAGUUGGUUUAGACCUACUACAACUUAAGUAACAAAGUCCUACAAGGACAUGUAACAAUUGUGUUGACUAUAUAUAAUGAACAUGGGCAGCAACCUAAGGGCUUAAGAUCUUAAGCCGUUCCAACUAUUUCCACACUAUCAAUCAAGCAUUGCUGCAUGAUGAGAUUUGUUGCACAGUUCGGAAUAGUUGAAGUGGCUAAAACUUGAUAUAAUUAAAACUGAUUUAGAGUCCUAGUACUAUUCAAUGUGGCACCAUCUCUUUGCCACUCAAAAAGGCGAGCAUAUUAGCGGUCUUUAUAUUGGGAUACCAUUUGCUAUAUAAGACUUAUAAGUGUUCCAGUGGACAGUAGAGUUUGGGUGUUUUUUACCAAAGAAAUGGAAUGGAGUGCCAUUUGUGACAUGCAGAAAAGGUAGCAUUAGGGAACAUUUGGACCAUGUAAGGUGUAUUCAGGGGGUUUGAGGCUUAGUGAUGUUAGUAGUAGGUAUGAUGAAUAUAUGACAGAUGACUGGUUUAUGUUAGUCUUGUGUGGCUGCUCACUCAGAGUCUACGCCGGAACUGUUUGUUGCAUUUGCAUCUAUGUCCUGCACACUCCUGCACACUCAUAGGUCUUGUCACCAAGGGCUGUCUUACUAUAGCUUGCUCUUAAGGCCAUCAUUGUGAACUACCGCAUGCACUGCACUUGUCAACUAUUGGUACAUCCAACUGUUCUGAUAUAACUAUCUUCAUUAAUACUGAAUAUGAAACUGGAAUUUACCACUUGUUUCUUAGUGUUUGUAGCAUAUGAAUCUGAUCAUUUCCUCCAUGUCACUUUUACAAGGCCUGCUCUCUAUUUAUAGAAUCUAUUUGUGGCAAGAUCAGCACAUGAUUCUCCAUUUUCUUUAUGAUAUAUUUAUAUUCACAAUUUUGUGUUUGCUUCCAUAUAUCAAGAUUACGGCAGUAACACAAUAAGCUCAGUUAGUGGAAGCUACUUUUUUCUUUACCAUUGCUGUAAAAGUUGUAUUAUCAAAGGAUUUGAAAGAUGCGAAAGGAGACAUGUCACAUGCUAAAAUUAUUGGGUAAAGCAAAAAAUCUGGAGCAACUCCAGAUGAUCCAAAGUUGUAGGACAGUUUUGAUGUCAGCGGAGUCUUUUGAUCAAUGCAGCUGUGGAAGUUAGUGUGUGACUUUGUGAUCACAUGUUGGCUUCAUGUAUAUUAUUGUACUUUCUGUUUUCUGAUAUUAUUAGCUAUAUAUAUAUACGAAGGUGAAAUGUAAAAAGGCACCGGUAAAAUACAUAGCCAUAUGCUGCAAUGACAUCAGUAAAGCAUUGGUUUUUGCUA